AUGGAGAGCGAACAGUUUGCCGGGAAAUACGUGGAACUGGAGGAACUGGAGGAACUGGGAGCCGGCAGAUUCGCCAGAGUGUGCCGCGCCAGGGAGAAAGGAUUCGAGAAAGGAGGAGAAGUAGCCUUGAAACAGAUAUCUCGGUCGAAGCAACCGCUCUCGCUGACCCGUGCCGAGUACCAUCUUCUCAGGAGCAUGCGUCACGAUAACAUUGUCCGAGCGUUUGCCCUCUUCGAGGAUACACCUAAACCGGAUAUGGAUACUAUCGUCUUGGAGCUGGUGAAUGGUGGUUGCACGUUGUUCGCGCAUCUUGGCCAACGAGUCGAGUACACGGAAGCAACGGUGGCAAAGUACGCGGGCCAAUUGUUGUCGGCGUUGCAGUGGCUACACUCGCGGCGGCAAGCUCACUUGGACUUGAAGCCGGAGAAUAUUCUGGUGGACGGCGAGGCGGAUGUGGUGAAACUGAUCGAUUUCGGGGAAGCUGUUCGAGCGGUGCCAUCGGACGAGGUGGUGCCUCCAGUGGAUUUGGAGUUUGCAGCUCCGGAAUUAGUUCUUGGCAAACCGACCGGAUCCUACACUGACGUCUGGGCCAUCGGUGUCUUUCUAUACGUAUCGUUGAGCGGGCUCUCGCCUUUCUUGGACGAUUCUAUCGAAGAAACUACCGCAAACAUACUCAAGUGCGAUUUCUGUUUCCCCGACGAGUACUUCAAAGAGAUAUCGACCGACGUGAAACAUCUUCUCGAAACGUUGCUCCGUUUACGCGGAGAGGAUAGAGCGACCGCUCAGUUGGCAUUGACGUCGCCUUGGUUCAAGGUGUGAAUCAACUUUCACUUUCUUAACGUUCUUUCUUCUUCCGGUAGAAUUAUGGAAUAUUGUCACGCCAUUUAUUACACCGAGUUAUUAACUUGUGCCGAUCGACGCGAGUACGCGCGAGAGUACGGCCUUCUUUUCUCUUCCACUCGGCUUUGUCACUCGUUUUGAAAAUCUCGUUAAAUAAGGCAGACACCGACGGCUAUUUCGCCAACUGCAACGUUAGCUAUUUGUUUAUUGUUGUUUGUUAGUUAGCCACGUACGCCAGGAACGUCAACUCGAUACAAUAA